AACAAGGAUGGAAAGAGCGCCACAGACCGCAAGGUUGCGUGGGAGCGGAUUCGCCAGACGAUUCCGCGCGAGAAGACCGCCGAGGCGAAGCAGCGCCGCAUUGACCUCUUCAAGAAGUUCGACAAGAACGACACCGGCAAGCUGUCCUACGAUGAGGUGUACAACGGCUGCAUUGAGGUGCUGAAGUUGGACGAGUUCACCUCGCGAGUGCGCGACAUCACGAAGCGUGCGUUCAACAAGGCGAAGGACCUGGGCAGCAAGCUGGAGAACAAGGGUUCCGAGGACUUCGUUGAAUUCCUUGAGUUCCGCCUGAUGCUGUGCUACCUCUACGACUACUUCGAGCUGACGGUGAUGUUUGACGAGAUCGACACUUCCGGCAACAUGCUGAUUGACGAGAAGGAGUUCGAGAAGGCCGUGCCCAAGCUCGAGAAGUGGGGUGCGAAGAUCGAAGACCCCGCGAAGCUCUUCAAGGAGCUCGACAAAAACGGCUCCGGGUCCGUGACGUUCGACGAGUUUGCUGCGUGGGCUUCGGCCCAUAAGCUGGACGUCGACGGCGACCCGGACAACGUGCCAGAGAGCGCGUGA